GCUAAAUUCGCCCCUAGCCAGAUUUAUCUAGGGAGGGGUGGGUAUAAUCCCCCCCCAUGGCUCGGCUCUUCGGGGGGAUGAGCGCGGCGUGAAACCGCCUCGAGCGGGGCACCGGCUGGCGGAGCACCAUGGCGGCAUUGGCCAGCUCCUUGAUCCGGCAGAAACGGGAGAUCCGGGAACCCGUCGCCAGCCGCCCCGUGGCCGCACAGAGAAAGGUCUGUCCCCGCGGCACCAAAUCCCUCUGUCAGAAGCAGCUGCUCAUUUUAAUCUCCAAAGUCCGGCUCUGCGGUGGGCGGAAAGGCCGGCUGGAAAAAACACCCGAACCGCAGCUGAAGGGCAUCGUGACCAAGCUCCUCUGCAGACACGGUUUCUACCUCCGGAUGCACCCAGAUGGGAGCAUCGACGGGACAAAAGAAGACACCAACAGCUUCACUCUCUUUAACCUGAUCCCCGUGGGACUGCGCGUGGUUGCCAUCCAGGGUACCAAGUCGGGGCAGUAUAUCGCCAUGAAUGCAGAGGGCUACCUCUAUACCUCCGCUCACUUCACCGCCGAGUGCCGGUUUAAGGAGUGCGUCUUCGAGAAUUACUACGUCAUGUACUCCUCCACCCUGUACCGCCAGCGCGAAUCCGGCCGCUCCUGGUACCUGGGCAUCAACAAAGAAGGCCAGCCCAUGAAGGGAAACCGAGUCAAGAAGACCAAAGCCGCCGCCCAUUUCCUGCCCAAGCUAUUGGAAGUGGCCAUGUACCGCGAGCCGUCACUCCAUAACGUGGUGGACCCCUCGGCGCCCCAGAAGUCAGAUGAGGCCGGGGCCCCCAGCAAAGAGACAGCCAAGCCCCGCAAGGCGACGUAACCCCAAGGCCGGGGAGGGGCGUCGGCACCACUCCAGCAAUGCCCCUCCCACGCACGUUCCCGCUCUGCCCCCUUCUGCUCAGGAUGCCUGCCUACCUACAUUCAACCUCUGGACCUCAGAAAAAAAUGCCAUCGAGGGUGUAAUACCCUUUGCCACCACUAGGAGGGCGACAUUGCCCUGCUGGAGAAAGAAUUAUGGGUGUGCGUAUAUAUAUAUAUGGUCUUCCAUGCCAGCUGAGAGCGUGAUUCCCUGUUCGGCCAACAGGUGGUGACAUUGGGAAAAGUUCUGAUCUAUGCCAGCUUCCUUUUCAGCAAUAAGGGUGCGACGCCUUUUCCCACUAGCGGAGGGCGACAUUGGGAAAAACUGUUAGAAAAUCCCCUUCCGUUGCACAAUGGACGAUACGCUUUUCAACCGCUGGGUCGCAUCGGGGAAGGAUGUUCCAGGCGAGACCUUCCAUUUGCAAUAAUAAAAAAAAAAGGGGGUAUCCUGCCCUCUUCCAGCGGAGGAUGGAGACAUCGGGACAUUGCCCCCUGGCGUGAGACCACCGAGUGGUGACACGGUCAUGUUGGGAGAGGCUAUUACAUACGCCACUUUCCCUUGCAAUAAAAAGACAGCGUGUUCCUCUUUCCCACCAGCAGGUGGUGACGUUGUCACACUGGGGGGGGAAGAUGGGUCUAUCUGCCGCCAUCUAGUUGAUACCCUUUCUCCCCACUAGGGGACAACACUGUUGCAUCAGGAGAGAAUGUUCUAGACGUCACCUUCUCUGGCGUCAUACCUUCUUCGACCACUAGGGGGGUGACAUUUCACAAAGGGGGAAAAAAGAGAGCCAGCCAUUCCGGAUUUCUUCCCCGUUUCGAUGGAAAUGAGACACCAAUCCGGGAGGGGAGGGAAAGUGAGGGGCAACCAGAAACUCCGCCCCCUUUUCCCACCAGCCCCUCCCACUCUAACAUGCCAAAUACUGUAGGAUGUAGCCCUGCAACAACAGGAGACAAAGCCAGUCACGAGGAAUCUGG